AUGUCAGACAGCGGAGACCACUUCACUCCAUCAAUCAUAUCAGACAGCGGAGAAAGUGGUCCACCCGCUAUAGGAAUUACGCCUAAACCUGUAGAUUUCUCAAGCCCGUCUACAGCCGCUAUUGAGUUCGAAGAAUUUUCCCUCAUUGGCCCAAAUGGCUAUGCCUCGUCUCAGCAUGUCCAGCCUGAACACAUGGAGGCGUUCAACGAAUAUCUAUUCAAGAAUUACAACGUACAGGUGAACAGCCUUCUCGGUAUAUUCAUUGUGCUCUUCUGUGGCGACUACUCGCCACCAAAAGACGAGCUUCCCUUUUCAAUUGCUGGUUGUAUCGCGGUUUGGAAGAACAUGGACGAUUUUGAUGACGGAUAUGACCUUUGGUCUUUUGUGGACAGCGUUGGCUCUGCCGGCGCAGAACCUCUUGAUCCAAACAUUCUCUCCGAUGUUGAGAAUGGCGAGAUUUCGAAUGAGGUGUUGUUUUACCUCGCCAAAUAUGUUUUCACGGAGUGCGAGGGGAUAUCCGUGUGUGGACAAGGACGCACACUCCUCGUGGAGUUCCCGGAAAUCAGCGUCGAAGACUUUGCGAAUCGUCUCGACACUCUUCCCCGCGCUAUUACAAACCUCCCAUUUAAACUAGAGUAUCACAAUGGCCCUCUAGGGAUUCCCACAACGCCCUUCUAG